UCCCGGGAUAUCGCUAGUAGUCUUGCUAGUGGUUUUUCCAGUUUUCUGAACUGGAUUCAUAGUCAAACCUAUACCAGGAUGAGUAGCAUGUUCAGAAUCGUAUCCCAAUCAGCUGGUUUAGAAUCCCUCAGGGGCGCCAGAGUUGUGGUGACGGGCUGCAGUACCGGCGUGGGGGAACAGGUGGCGUAUCAGUAUGCCAAACAUGGCGCCAAAGUACUCAUCACGGCCAGACGGGAAGACCGACUCAAAGAGGUUGUAGCUAAGAUGAAGGACCUGGGAGCCCAGGAGGCCAUCUAUGUAGCAGGAGACAUGGCCAAAGCAGAAGACUGUGAGAGAACCAUCGAGACAGCCAGUAAUACGCUGGGUGGCCUAGACUACAUCAUACUGAACCACUGGGGGUCUUCCCACCAGAGAGGGAAGUUCCCCAAACUGUGGGACGCCGACCCGGACAUGGACUACCUGACUGACUACACCAACAUCAACUACCUCAGCCACGUCCGGCUGGCGUCACUCGCCCUGCCCAUGCUGAAGAAGAGCCAGGGAAACAUCACUGUCGUCACCGGGCUGCUGGGUAAAGUUCCCAACCCAACCUUCACGUUCUACACCGGAGCGAAGUUCGCCCUGGAUGGGUUCUUCAGCUCUCUGCGGUGUGAGAUGAAGCCGCACAACGUGUCCAUCACUCUGGCCGUGCUGGGGUCUGUGGACACGGACGGACUCAGAGGAAGCAUACAGGAUCUUGGAGCGGCAGCUCGAGAGUAUUUUAUGAAGACCGUGGCACAGCCCGAAGAUACUGCCAAAGUCAUUGUCGAGGGCGCCACCUUGCGGAAGAGGGAAAUAUAUCACCCAUCCUACACCAGAGCUACAUGCAUCUUACGUGCUAUCGCCCCGUCUAUGGUAGAAAAAUAAGAAGAAGAAAUAGCAAUCUCCAAGUAGAUGUUUGAGAGACUAGAUGGUUACGUUUCCUAGUGGCCCCUUUUUUGUAUCAAAACGCCUCAUCGGAACAGCAUUAUAACUUGUCCGUUUAAAUAGCAAUGGGGAGGAGAAAGGAUAUAUAAUUCGGUGCAUGGUAACUGGUACUGCUAUAUCUACACUGCAGCUUCUGUUCGUUAGCAUUUUUUUCUGUUCGUUAGCAUUUUUCUGUUCGUUAGCAUUUUUCUGUUCGUUAGCAUUUUUUCUGUUUGUUAGCAUUUUUUCUACAUGUUCGUUA